AUGAUUCUUGGCACAAUACACUCUGUGCGAGAGAGUGUGAUAAAUAACACAGGCUUUGCCACCGAAGCCCCAAUUCGAAACACUCCAGUUUUCAUACCCACCUUGGAGCUCGUUUUUGGUACUGUUACCUACUUGAUCAUCAUAGCCAUGACUGUCGCUGGUAAUAUCAUGGUCGUUGUUGCUGUCUUCACCUACAGGCCGUUGAAGAAAGUCCAGAAUUAUUUUCUAGUCUCUCUUGCUGUUUCCGAUCUUUGUGUGGCGAUAUUUGUGAUGCCACUGCACGUCGUGAAAUUUUUAGCUAAUGGUCGAUGGCUUAUGGGUGUAACAAUUUGUCAGCUAUUUACUACUGCCGAUAUUCUACUAUGCACCUCAUCGAUAUUGAACCUCUGCGCAAUUGCAAUUGAUAGAUAUUGUGCCAUUCAUGACCCUAUAAAUUAUGCUCAAAGACGAACUCCACGCUUUGUUUGUGGUGUCAUUGCCAUUGUAUGGGUACUAUCCGUCAUCAUAUCUGUGCCGCCUCUGAUUGGCUGGAAUGACUGGUCUUCACAAAAACUUCGGGAUCACUGCGAACUUAGCUCAGAAAGAGCCUUCGUUGUAUUUUCUGCGUCUGGUUCGUUUUUUCUACCUCUUCUAGUGAUGAUUAUUGUUUAUCUGAAAAUAUUUCUGAGUGCUCGUCAGCGGAUCCGCAAAAAUAGAGGACGCAGUGCUCUGAUGCGCAUACAGACGACGCCUCCCGACGUUGAUGAGCGCAGGCGACGAAUGAAACGGUACUCAUCUGAAGAUGAAAAAAGCAAUAACCGAUCCGGAGAGCAGACGCGCCUGGUACACAAAUCUGAUAAAGUGGCCAAGGCAUUUGAUAGCAAUAGCAGUGUACGGAGGCUAGAGUCCAAGUAUAUGAGCCUUCAAAACCACACCAAACCAAAGGAAAACGAGGAAGAGGUGGCAAGUUAUUUACUGGAUCGUACUGUAUUUUUUGACUUAAAACAGUUUUGUAUUUGUCGGCCUUCGACAAAGAUUUGCUCGAACAGCAACAGAUACUAA